UCUACUAAACAAUCGAUUUAAUCGCGAUACAAAAUCGAAAUGAUUGUUAUAGCCAAUCAAUGUAACGUAUUUAAAUAAUGGGCGUGUCUUUUCAUACACACACACACACAUACAUACACAGUGAGAAACAACACACACACAAACGUUUAAAAGUCCAACGUUUUUUUUUUUCGAUUGCCAAACGAAAAUUAAAAAAAAACCAUUUUUAUUAUCAUUCUAUAUUCGCUGCGAUUGUUAUCAUACACAAGUUUUUUUUGUAAUAAAUCACAUCAUCAUCAUUAUAUCUUGACCACGAUUGAUUGUUUGUUUGAUUGGCAACUAUAAUCAAUCAAUCAUCAUCAUGGAUAAAUCCACCAAUAUCCUGAGCAAUCAAUUAGAGAAUCUAUCAUUGAAUAUUUCAAAUAUUUCAUCACUAUCAUUUAAUCGAUCGAUGAAAAAUGUUAAAACGCCGAUUAAAUCAUUGAAAUUGACUAAUGCACAAACAUCAUAUACGCCUGGUAGUGGCCGUAAAACACCAAAUCGUCAACAACAUCAUCAUCAUGGUAAAGAAAAUAAGAAAUCAUCAAAUAAGAAUGGUAAUAAAAUAUCACCGAAAACACCUAUAAAUGGUGAUCGUUUUAUACCGGAUCGUUCGGCUAUGAAUUUUGAAAUAAUUCAUUAUUUGGUUACAAAUCAUGAUGACAAUUCGAAUAAUAGUAAUAAUGUACCGGGAGAUAAUUCAACAAAACAAAUGGAUAAAAUAAUUGGAGCCGAUUUGGCCAAUUAUCGAAUAUUAGCACUUAAUAAUGGAGGACCAAAACCACCAGAAGGCUAUUUAAAUGAUAAAAAAGUCGUUUAUUCGUGUACGAAAUCAUCAUCGAAAACAAAAUCAGCAAGAUAUAUUUCAAAACAACCUGAACGAAUAUUGGAUGCACCGGAUGUUUUAAAUGAUUAUUAUCUGCAAUUAAUCGAUUGGAAUAGUUCAAAUAUAUUGGCUGUUGCAUUGAAUAAUGAAGUAUAUCUAUGGAAUGCAAUGGACGGUAGUAUUGUACAUCUAUUAGCAUUGGAUGAACCGGAUUAUAUUUCAUCAUUAUCAUGGGUGAAUAAUAAUGAUACACAUCUGGCUGUCGGUCUUAGUACUGGUGUCACACAGAUUUGGGAUGUAAACAAAUCACAACGUUUACGUAAUCUAACAAAUUCAUCUUCUAGAGUCAGUUGUAUGUCAUGGAAUAAUCAUGUCCUAAGUAAUGGUACUAAAGAUGGUGAAAUAUUCAAUCAUGAUGUCCGUAUUGCCACAAGUCGAAUUGGUACAUUCCGUGCUCAUACGUUGGAAAUUUGUGGCUUAAAAUGGUCACCAAAUGGCCAAUUAUUAGCAAGCGGUGGUAAUGAUAAUAUCGUUAACAUAUGGCCAAAUUGUUUUAUGGGUCAAAAUAAUUCUGAUACAACAAAUGAUUCAGAGCAACCAUUAUUUCAGAUUAUACAACAUCAAGCUGCUGUAAAAGCAUUAUCAUGGUGUCCAUGGCGUAAUAAUUGUCUUGCAAGCGGUGGUGGUACUAAUGAUCGUAUGAUACGUAUAUGGAAUACAUCGAAUGGUCAAUGUAUGUAUUCGGUUGAUACACGAUCCCAAGUAUCUGCUAUAUUAUGGUCCGAACAAUAUCGUGAACUAAUAUCAUCACAUGGUUUUGCUAAUAAUGAAUUAAUCAUAUGGAAAUAUCCACAAUUUACACGUGUUACUGAAUUACUUGGACAUACUGCUCGUGUACUUUGUAUGGCGAUGAGUGCUGAUGGCUCAACAGUUGUUUCAUUAGGUGCUGAUGAAACAUUACGAUUCUGGGAUUGUUUUCAAUCCGAUUCGGUAAAAAAGAAACGGCAAAAGAAUACAAAAAAGUUAACUGAUUUUCAACAACAGGAAAAUAUAAUGUCCAAUGUUAGUGCAUUUCAUAUUCGAUGAAAUUUUUAAUUUGAAUAAUUUUUCUUUCAACUUUCAUUAAUCAUUCAAUCAUUGUAACACAUACACACGUACAAACGCGACUUGUAUUUUUAGAUUCAUUUUUAAUUUCAAUUUUUUUCAAAAUAAAGAUUUUAUAUUCAAAAAAAA